AGUAAAAUUGUCUGUGGUAUUUGGUCCAUGCUUGCAGUUGGUGUUUUUAAUGUUUUCCUUUUCGUAAAUUAACAAUUUUACAGGAAUUUUAAUCAGUAGUAGCGCUUAAAAUGGCUGCAGAUUUAGCUGAAGUUCAGCUACAAGUGCGCUUUGUAACGAAACAGGAGCAGUAUGCAGUUCCCGAUAGUCCUUAUGCUAUACAAAGCAAUGUUCAAUCAUCAGACCUCAAUACUCUGGUUAAUGCUCUCCUGAAGGAGACCAAUGCUGCUCUUGAAAAGGCGGUAGAAUUCGAUUUCCUAGUAUGUGGAGAACUCCUUUGCACGACCCUUGCGGAGCACUUGCAAGAGAAAAGUGCAUCUACAGAAGAAACUUUAGAAAUCGAAUAUUUAGAGAGGUUUCCAGCACCAGCUCCUCAAGAUUGUUUGAUGCACGAUGACUGGGUGUCAGCUGUGCAGGCAUAUGGCAAUUGGAUUCUCUCAGGCAGCUAUGAUAACAGCAUUCAUAUUUGGAGCAAUAAAGGUCAACACAAGCUGGCCAUCCCAGGCCACACCUCACCAGUCAAGGCAGUCUCUUGGGCUUCUUUUGUUGGAGAUAAAGCUGUAUUUGUGAGUGGUUCACAUGAUCAGUCUGCAAUGCUAUGGGUGUGGAAUGUCAGUAACAACUCAGUAGACUGUGUGGUAACAUGCCGCAGCCAUGAUAAGGGAGUGGAGUGCCUCUCAGUGUCAGCAGAUGCCCUGAAGUUUGCCACUGGCAGUUGGGACACUAAUAUUUGUCUUUGGAGCACAAGUCUAUCAGAUGAAGAUAAUGCUCCAGCCAAAAAGAGAAGCAAGCCAGAUCAUGGGAAUAUAAGAGAACCACUAAGCACACUCAAAGGGCACCGGGAGGCUGUCUCAGGUGUGCAAUGGAUGGACUUCAACACAUUAUUGUCCAGUGGCUGGGAUCAUUUAUUGAAGCUUUGGGACUGUGAGCUUGGGGGCAUAAAGCAAGAAAUAGUAGGCAACAAAGCAUUCUUUGACGUAGAUUGGUCUCCCCUAAACAAUAGUGUCUUGACGGCAUCAGCAGAUAGACAUAUUCGACUCUAUGAUCCUAGAUCCACAGAGAGUAUUGUGAAAACCACAUUCACAUCUCACACUGGUUGGGUGCAAUCCGUUCGCUGGUCAAAGACUCGCGAUACGUUAUUCUUAUCUGCUGGCUACGACGGUCAGGUCAAACUUUGGGAAACCAGAAGUCCCCGUACACCACUAUACGAUCUGAGUGGACACGAAGAUAAAGUGCUCUGUUGCGACUGGUCAAAUCCCUCACUGCUGGUCAGCGGUUCGUGCGACAAUACCCUCAGGAUAUUCAAGGCCAAGCAUGCGGUAGGAAAUGCAUAAACAUUAUUUUUGUAGUUGGCUGUGUCAAUUCACACAUCCAGGAAAAUUGUAUAGGUAGGAAGUAACAAUAUUUAUAAACUUUUGGGAUAUUAACUUUUCUAUUGAAAGUUAUGAGACAGACCAUUAAAAAUUUUGAUAUGAAUUAAAUUUGUAUCAUUAUACUUUGCUUACUUCCUAUUAACGUAGGUAGGUACUAUGUUAGGCGUACUUGACGCGACUAUUAAGAGUUUCGUAUUGAUAUGUUAUGAAUUCGUUUUUGCGAUUCGGUUGAUGUUAUAAUAUUAUUAUGAACAUUCGCACAUAUUUUUCUUUCUCUCCUUGUUAUACACACGAUGUUCUUUGUUAUUUAGACUUGCUGCCUUUAUUAUGUAAUAAUAAAUAGGACACUAUUAAGAUAAAAGUUUAAGGGUAACAAUUCAGUUGAUAUACGUCCAAAGUAUGAUGUUUCUUAAAAUAUUUGGCGUUUGUAACGUUUUCCAAGUCUCAGAGUGAUUAUGAUUGCUUAAAAAAACAAUAACUGUAUGAAUGAACUGCAUUCUAUCUUAAUCCGUGAAAAUUAUAAACAAAUAAUAGUACUUUUACAGUUUUUUUUAACUAUUAUUGUGUGCUUAUCUUUACUUAGAAAUCGGUUUUGUUUGUCGAUGACCUAAAAUAAGUACGAUAUUUCAAUACAUAUACAAGUGCUAUACUUUUGUAUAGUUCGUGUGUUCAAGCAGUAGACUUAUUUUGACGUAUUACUAACGUUUGUAAGUGACCAAUUUACGCACCUAUGAUGUAACUUACUGACAUUCAUUCAUUUAUAUUCGGCCAUUUUAAUCAUAGAAAUUAUAACCGGGUGUAACUCUUGAAAAUAGGUAUGCUUGUGUGCAGGUAGGAUGUGGAUAGGUAUACACUAGACAUCAAAUAAAUCGCACCUCUCGCGACAAGCACUUUCAAACGUAUGCAUCCCCACUUCCCACCAAUAUUGGCACCAUUUGAAAGCCUAGUUCUAAGCUUCAUUUCAUUUAAAACUGUUAAGUUAGGAUUAAUCGCUAUCCAUCUGUUAAAGAGGACACGUGAGAUCAUUAUUUGGUUUUAUAACCACAAAAAUUGGUCUAAUUGAUCCCAGAGGUGAGCCUCAAGUGAGGUCUUUUUUCAAGUCCCAUUUAUGGUAUACUAGCUUUCCGCCCGCGGCUUCGCCCGCGUGGAAUUUUGUCUGUCACAGAAAAACUUUAUCGCGCGCGUCCCUGUUUCAAAAACCGGGAUAAAAACUAUCCUAUGUUCUUUCCCGGGACUCAAACUAUCUCUAUGCCAAAUUUCAUCAAAAUCGGUUGCGAGGUUUAAGCGGGAAAGCGUAACAGACAGACAGACAGACAGACAGAGUUACUUUCGCAUUUAUAAUAUUAGUUGGGAUGUUAAUCAUUUAUUAAGAAAUUAAAUGUGUUUUUCUUUAAGGAUAUUUAUUAGGCUUUCAAAUAUCACCAAUAUUGUUAGAGCACCAUGAUUGUGUCAUAAGAAAAUCUUCAAAGUUCGCGUCGCGGAAGGUGCGAUUUAUUUGAUGUUGAGUAUAGAUUUAAUUUGAUGGCACUUUCUCUAUCGUUAGUAUCGAGUUUUUUGUUAUUAUUGUUCAUCACUAUCUGAAUAUUGAUUUUAUUUUAUCAUAAAAAUAUGUUUGUAUCAAAUAGUACACUAGUUCACGAGGAUGAACGUGAAAGAUAAUAAAUAGUUUUACCUUAA